CUCAAACCGUCACCCCAACCCGUCAGCCCGUCAUCCAUCCGGCCCAGCCCUCUCUAGCGCUAGGACCACCAUUUCGAGCCUUGCCGUCCAAUCAACCACGCCGAACCGCCCAAAAGGCAUCGCCAACAGAUCUCGUGUAGAGUUGCUCCUAUCAUAAUCGUCGACUAGGUUCUGCCAGAUUUCCUGUGCGACUACGCUGGGAUCGCGCCAUUGCAUCCCGCGUCAAUCGUCGUCGCAAAAGCGCCAAAGAUGCCGUCCAUCAGAGGCAUCGUCGAUAGGAUCGGCAAGUAUGUCCACUACGGCGCCAAGCCAGAGGCUCCACCCCCGAUCACCACCAGAACCGCCGUCUUGCUUCUUGUCGCAUAUACCGUAAUCUAUGUAGCCCCGUUUUACCUCUCGUCCCGGACGAGGCCGUCGGCCCAGCUGUCCAGGGACGCCCCGUCCGUUAUCAAGGCUAGGGUCGCAUCGGUCACGCUGUCUUGCAUCGCCUGCUCGGCCGUGACAUUCUACAUGGUCACAAAGGACGGCCACGUCUCGUCCGAGGGCGCCCUCCAUCUGCUCGGCUACUGGCCCAUCGGCCUGGCCGAGUCUGCCAGGUCCCUGUUCUUGACUGCCCUCCUCUUCCUCGGCCCUCUGUUUGAGAACAUCGUCGUUGAGGCUGGUUGGAAGGACUGGAUGGCGCUCAGGCCCCUCUACGACCUGUUCGGCGAGUGGACGACAUGGCGGAACAUUGUCGCUGGCCCAUUCACCGAGGAGGUUCUCUUUCGGUCUGCCGGGGUGCCUCUGAUGCUUCUAGCACGGACGUCGGUCUCCAAGACCAUCUUUCUGUCGCCCGUGGUCUUCGGGCUGGCGCAUCUGCACCACUUUUACGAGUUCCGCCUCACGCACCCUCGGGUGCCGUGUGUGCAGGCCGCACUGCGCUCCGUGUUCCAGUUCGCCUUCACGACCCUGUUCGGCGCCUAUGCCACCUUCCUCUACCUCAGGGGUGGCAGCCUGCUAGCCGUGACACUCGUGCACGCCUUUUGCAACUCCCUCGGCCUCCCACGGUUCUGGGGCCGCGUCAGGGUCGUCACCGCCGACGACCCCGACGGCGAGAGGUCCGCGUCGCCGCUGUGGACCGUGGCAUACUACGUGCUCCUGCUCGCCGGCGCCACACUGUUCUACCGGAACUUUUGGACCCUCACCCAAAGCCAGAUGGAGCUGAUCUCGCUGAAAUGAGCCUAAAGCUCGGGGAUAUCGACAGUCCUAGAUAAACAAGGUGCCGAGAACAAGAGUAAACAAAUGUAGAUUGCUCGCUUGCUGCGAUGCCUUCUUCGCUGGGUAUGGGUCUCAAUUUGUUUGCUGGCGCUGUCUUUACUGGCGUCUUUCAGCUUCUAUAGUUUUCUUCCCCUGCUUUGGUUGUCGGGACAGGGUUUGUGUAGGUAGAUUUGAUAGGUUACUGUGAACCGCAGAAGCAUGGCAUCGAAUUCACUUGCUGCCUGUGUUUUCCCCACA